GGAAGAUGGCUGCGGAGCCGAGCACCGGGCAGUGGUUGCGGCGGCGGCGGAGGGCGGGGAGCGCGGUGGGCAGGGGCUCCGCCUUGCGCGUGGGGCGCUGAGCUGAGAAGCGCGGAGGCGGCGAUCGUGCACAGGGGACUUGGAGGGUCGCUCGGCGCCGCCUCCUGGCCACCCGCCGCACCAUGGGCAGCGCGGAGAACGCAGUCAAAGAGAAACUGCUGUGGAACGUGAAAAAGGAGGUAAAGCAAAUCAUGGAGGAGGCUGUGACCAGGAAGUUUGUGCAUGAGGACAGCAGCCACAUCAUUGCUCUGUGUGGUGCGGUAGAGGCUUGUCUCUUGCAUCAGUUAAGGCGACGUGCCGCUGGCUUCCUGCGUAGUGACAAGAUGGCAGCCCUGUUAACCAAGGUGGGAAAGACAUGCCCAGUGGCUGGGGAGAUUUGCCACAAGGUACAGGAGCUACAGCAGCAAGCAGAGGGCAGGAAACCCUCAGGGGGCAGCCACGAGGCCUUGCGGAGACAGUGCUCUGCCAGUGGGAAGGCCUCGGCCCUCAGCCCGCAGGCCUUGAAACACAUAUGGGUACGCACAGCGCUCAUCGAGAAAGUGCUGGACAGGGUUGUGCAGUACCUGGUGGAGAACUGCAGCAAGUACUACGAGAAGGAGGCGUUACUGGCAGACCCGGUGUUUGGCCCCAUCCUGGCCUCUCUUCUAGUGGGACCUUGUGCCUUGGAGUACACCAAGCUCAAGACAGCCGAUCACUACUGGACUGACCCUUCUGCUGAUGAGCUGGUCCAGAGGCACCGGAUCCGCGGGCCCCCCAGUCGCCAGGAUUCCCCUGCAAAGCGCCCAGCCCUCGGAAUCCGGAAGCGGCACUCCAGUGGCAGUGGCUCAGAGGACAGGCUAGCUGCCUGUGCCCGUGAGUAUGUGGAGUCCCUGCACCAGAACUCAAGGACACGGCUGCUCUAUGGCAAGAACAACGUGUUGGUGCAGCCGAAGGAGGACAUGGAAGCUGUCCCUGGCUACCUCUCCCUACACCAGUCGGCAGAAAACCUCACUCUGAAGUGGACCCCCAACCAGCUCAUGAACGGGACUCUGGGGGACUCUGAGCUGGAAAAGAGCGUUUACUGGGACUACGCCCUGGUUGUGCCCUUCAGUCAGAUCGUCUGCAUCCACUGCCACCAGCAAAAGAAUGGCGGCACACUUGUGCUGGUGAGCCAGGAUGGCAUCCAGAGGCCCCCACUGCACUUCCCCCAGGGGGGACAUCUCCUGUCCUUUCUGUCCUGUCUGGAGAAUGGGCUCCUGCCACGCGGACAGCUAGAGCCCCCACUCUGGACCCAGCAGGGGAAGGGGAAGGUGUUCCCCAGGCUACGGAAACGCAGCAGCAUGCGGUCGGUGGACGUGGAGGACGUGGGCAUGGGGCGGGCCACAGACUGCGUGUUCCGGAUCAUUUAUCCUGGCCACAGGCACGAACACAUCACUAUUAACUACCACCACCUAGCGGCCAGCCGCGCGGCCUCGGUGGACGAUGAUGAGGAAGAGGAGGAUAAGCUACACGCGAUGCUCUCAAUGAUCUGCUCGCGGAACCUCACAGCUCCCAAUCCGAUGAAAGAUGCUGGAGACAUGAUUGAGAUGCAGGGCUUCGGGCCCAGCCUGCCAGCCUGGUAUCUGGAACCCCUGUGCAGCCAGGGCUCCUCCUGCCUCUCCUGCUCCUCCAGCAGCUCCCCGUAUGCCACCCCCAGCCAUUGCACCUGCGUCCCUGACCGGUUGCCCCUCAGGCUACUGUGUGAAAGCAUGAAGAGGCAGAUUGUAUCCCGGGCCUUCUACGGCUGGCUGGCAUACUGCCGCCACCUAUCCACAGUGCGGACCCAUCUGUCAGCGCUGGUGCACCACAACAUUAUCCCCCCUGACAGACCCCCAGGGGCCUCCGGGGGCCUCACCAAGGACGUGUGGAGCAAGUAUCAGAAGGACAAAAAGAACUACAAGGAGCUGGAGCUGCUGCGGCAGGUUUACUACGGAGGCGUGGAGCACGGAAUCCGCAAGGGUGUCUGGCCCUUUCUGCUAGGCCAUUACAAAUUUGGCAUGAGCAAGAAGGAGAUGGAGCAGGUGGACGCAGUGGUGGCGGCCAGGUACCAGCGGGUCCUGGCGGAAUGGAAGGCCUGCGAGGUGGUGGUGAGGCAGCGGGAGCGGGAGGCCCACCCCGUCACGCUCACCAAGUUCUCCUCGGGCAGCAGCAUCGACAGCCACGUGCAGCGCCUCGUCCACCGAGACUCCACUAUCAGCAAUGAUGUGUUCAUCUCCGUGGAUGAUCUGGAGCCCCCAGGGCUCCAGGGCACUGAAGAUCCCGGGCCCACGCCUGAGCAGGAGCUGGGAGAAGGGACCGCGGGUACCACCAUGGUGGAGCAGCAACAGUCAGUGGAGUUUGACUCACCAGACUCAGGGCUGCCGUCUUCUCGCAACUACUCCGUGGCCUCCGGCAUCCAGUCAAGCAUGGAUGAAGGACAGAGUGUGGGCUUUGAGGAGGAGGACAGUGGUGGUGGGGAAGACGGCUCCGACGGGCCAGCCCCUGCGGCCCAUGCUUUCUCUGAGCCCCAGGAUCCCAGCCAAGAGAAGGCCUCGCAGGCCAGCGAGCUACUGGAGGCCGGGGAGGAGCUUGCGGCCGUGUGCGCUGCUGCCUACACUAUAGAAUUACUAGACACCGUGGCCUUAAACCUGCACCGCAUAGACAAGGAUGUGCAGAGAUGUGACCGCAACUACUGGUACUUCACGCCCCCCAACCUGGAGCGACUUAGAGACAUCAUGUGCAGCUACGUGUGGGAGCACCUGGACGUGGGCUAUGUGCAGGGCAUGUGUGACCUCUUGGCACCUCUCCUGGUCGUCCUUGACAAUGAUCAGCUGGCCUACAGCUGUUUCAGCCACCUCAUGAAGAGGAUGAGCCAGAACUUCCCCAAUGGGGGCGCCAUGGACACCCACUUUGCCAACAUGCGCUCCCUCAUCCAGAUCCUGGACUCGGAGCUGUUUGAACUGAUGCAUCAGAAUGGAGACUAUACCCACUUCUACUUCUGUUACCGCUGGUUCCUACUGGACUUUAAGAGAGAGCUGCUCUAUGAGGAUGUGUUUGCUGUGUGGGAGGUGAUAUGGGCUGCCCGACGCAUCUCGUCGGAGCACUUUGUCCUGUUCAUCGCCCUGGCCUUGGUGGAGGCCUACCGUGAGAUCAUCCGUGACAACAACAUGGACUUCACCGACAUCAUCAAGUUCUUCAAUGAACGCGCUGAGCGGCACGAUGCCCAGGAGAUCCUGCGGAUUGCCCGCGACCUCGUGCACAAGGUGCAGAUGCUCAUAGAGAACAAGUGA